AGUUUAUUCACUUCGAAUCGGUUGCCGCGUUCAGAUCGUUCCCGUCGUUGUCAAGUGCCCGCGAGUAACACGCUGUAUACAUUUAUACUCCGUGGUAGUGAUCGCAAUAUCUAUAGCUUUUAUAUUGCAAAAGUUUGCAGUCAAACCGUGUAAGUCAAGGUUUAGCGAUACACGCUUCUAAAGUUCUUGCAGUGCAGUGCGGUGUGGACUUAAAAGAGCGUCAAAGUGAGCGUAGCGUGGCAUACUGUGAUGAUGUAAACUAGUAACUUGGUCUUUGCGUGUAUUCAGUCGAUCAGCGUUCUAACUGCCAUUCAGUACAAUCUAUUUUUAAUACCGUUACUAGCGUGAUCUGUCAUCGGGUUAUUUUCUCCCCAAAUAUCCGGAUUACAUUUAUUACUACGUGCACACAAGCGCAUAAAGUCAGUAAACCGCAGCUAAAGUUUGAAGCGUUACCUCUAGUGUGGCGCAAUCCAGCAAUAGGGAAAGGCAAACAUGGUAUUUACCAACAAUAAUUCGUCCUAUUUACCGCUAGACAGCGACCAGCGAGUAGCAUUUUACAAAAACGAGAACUUGCUGUUUCCACCAUUACCAUCAUCGGCAGCGUCGGUGGGCUGCAGGCUCAGCAACAGUUCAGUAGUUAUGCCAUCAGUCAUGACAGCAGCUGCAGUGGAGGACCGCGCCAGCUCCAGUCCGAUGGUUCACCUCAGCUCCAACGGCUAUUACGGUUACGUACCGGUCAAUUCGAUACCGAAAGUGAUGUCAACGGGAACGGCGGCAACCACCGUCAAUGGAGUAAUCAUCGGUAAUGGUGAUGGUGUGAGUGUCCAAUUGGAUUUCUCCUCGCCUGCUACCGCGCCGGUCAACGAUAUUACAAUGAUGGAUUGCGUGGAUGACAGUGAAAUGGAAAACUACCACCAGCAAUCGCACCUCCAACGAAAGCGGAAAGAGCACCUUGAUGAGGCGGAAAUCAGCUUUAAGCGCCGAAAAACAUGGUUGGAAGAAGAGCACAAUCAACAUCAAACAGAAGGUUUCACUAACGGUUUAACCUGGAAUCAAACUCCGGCCACCCAGAUGGCAUUAACUGAGACGCAGCCAAAUCCAGUGUCUCCGACUGCGCCAUCAAAUGGUCUGUUCACCAACGGAUUCUAUCAUGCAGCAGCACCGACAACGAUUUUGCAGCAGAAAAAUAACGUUGAAGCCACAACAAUCGGCAGCCGGUGGAACGCAAGCCGUUUUCCUGAGCCUCCCGUACCGGAAAAACAUCCCUUUAGUAAAAACUGCCCAGAUUUGCAAGACUUAUUCGUCAGCUUGCAUGGUUCCGGAUGCUUUGUACUGGAUUGAUUAGUUUUAAUGGAAUAGGAAUAUUAGUUUUUUUCUAAGAUUGCCUUAACUAACAAUGCGCCGUGACAAUUUACACCUGUAUUAUGAUAUCUCAUCAACGAACCACCUGUCCUAGUUUUUAAGAAACCUAUGCAGUGACCUACUUAUUUUUUAGCUUAAUCAAAUGACCGACUAUCCGGGAAUCAUCUCUGCAAUCAAUUGACAAAUGUUAGGUUAAGUAUUUUAGGAACCAUCCACACUAUUACGAAAUUGUAAUAAUUUUUGCUGAUUAUAUAGACAAUCUCGUUGAAUGUGUUUUAGCAGAAGUUAGGAAUUUAUUUUUUCUACAACACCGCUGUACUAACCAUAUCGCAAAUGUACGAACUGGCCCCAAACCGGUUCAAGAAGAUAAUAUGACAGUUAAAAUGAAUUCGGAAAAUAGUAAUUAUAUAUUUUCAAAUUGUUUAAUAAAGAUUUUUCCUAUUA